UCUUUCGUAAAUUCAAGCUUUUACCAACUUUCACCGAUCAAACAUGGCUCCUUAGACGCGGAAUGACGCGAAACAUGACUCGAUAAAAAUGAAUAGGAAUCAGCAAGUUGUCACUGAUUCAACCAUCGUGCAUGAUAUCGCAAUUGUUCCAGUCAUUUCGCCGAUCUUAGUCGGCUCUACCGCUUACUGUAAAAGAUAAAUAGACGCGAGACGAGACCAUGGUUGAUAAGUGCAAUCGUGACACAGAGGACAAUCCGAUGAUGUCGUCGUCCUCGUCGUCGUCGUCGUCGUCGUUCAGGACGGACCUGGGUUUUCGACCGCAAAAGGAGUUGGUGUACAAUAAACUGUUGCCCUAUGCGGACGAGUUUGAUGUGGAAGCACGUAAGUGGCUUGCCGAGAUCAAAGGUAAUCUAGGAUAUGCUGUUAUGCUUCGUGAAAUCAAAGGAUGCACUUGUUGGUUGAGCGGAUUAGAUACAUAUAUAGAGCUAUGUGGAAUGAAAUUUAGCAAAGAGGAUCAUAUAACGUUCGUGAAAUUAGUAUAUGAGCUUUUCACUAUACCAAAUUUAGAAGUAGACUUUAUAACCGGCAUCGCCAGAACAUUGAUUAACUUACUAAAUAAAAAAGAAUUAAUUAGUCCAGAUGAAUUGGAACUUCCAUGGAGACCUUUAUACGAGUUACUGCAGCCUCUAAGGAAAAACUCAGCAGGAAUAUAUCGUCCACCUUCAUUCUUUGCAAAUUUAUUAUAUUGUGUAAUUCGUUGCGUGAAGACUUAUUUCCCUUUGAACGCCACGCAAGAAAUAUUAGAUGAGCUACGUCCAUUACUCUGUCCUUUUGAUGAAUCGGCAGCGUGUGAAAGCACUCUGCUUUUAGAGUGUUUCUUACCAUUGCAACUACCUCCUAAGCAUCAUUCCAUGGGAUAUCAGCUCUGGUUUGAUGAAUUUAUGACUAUGUGGAAAGUAUGCCACAAUGCGCCACAAUGGGAAGACAGUAUAAUGUGGUUAAUGGCAAAAUUAGCGACUCACAAUAUUGGAUAUAUCGACUGGGAACCACAUUUUCCAUUAAUGUUUACUAGAUUUAUACGGUGUUUGAACUUACCUGUAACAUAUAAGCAAAUGUCUAAUCACAACAAGAUUCACAAGCUAAAAGUGAUGCCAAUGGCUAUGUGGAUAGUAGCAAUUUUGGGAAAUGGCUCAAGUGCACAGAUGUAUUUGGAAAAGUUUUUAAAAACUAUAGAGACAUAUCUUUAUCCAGCAAAUUAUGGACGAUGGACAGUGAAAUUAAGAGAUUUUCUUGCCAGACUUCCAUAUUACUUCAUCCAACGUUUACACAAAGAAAGAUACGCCAAGCCAACGUGGGAAACUCCAAUUCCUGACAAUUACAAGUUAACUGAUAGUGAUGUCGAUUCUUUCGUUAAGGGUAUACUGCCGACAGCUAUGACAGCAAUGUACAGUAAAUUUGCUAUAAACGAGGCCUGCCAAGCUCUACAAUUCCUUGCAACUAUGAGACCAAGUUUAGUAAUACCGAAUAUAUUGGAACGAAUGUACUCGACAUUCGAUUCAUUGACCGAACCGCAUAAACUUACGGCCUCCAUGAUUUCCAUGGCGGUUGUUGCCAGACCACUGGUACAAGGCUCUAGGAAUAUAAAUGAAGAUUACACGUAUCCAGAAGGGCCAGCGCACGUAUUGCCGUUGCUGUUCUCCUCGUUACCUGGAAUCGAUCCGAACGACAAUGGAAAAUGUUUCGCUACAUUUCGUUUUAUUUCCGUCUUCGUCACGUUGAUUCCUGUUGUGGAUUCCUCUAGGUCGACCGCAGUUAUGACCGAAGAUGAGAGGAUGAUCUGCGAGGCGACUUCACGUUUCGAGGACUUUGUAUUGCAGUUCCUAGACAGAGUGUUCAUAUUUAUAGACUCCAGUUCGUUGGAAAACGUGCGGCUCGAGAGUGGUGGCGACAACUGGAAAAGUCAGCUGGAGAAGGUCGCGGAAACGGCGCUUGCUGGCGUAUGCACGACUCUCCUGAUGAAUACCAGCGACGCGAUUUUCGAGAGCGCUCUACACAAGUUGCGCACAUUUAUAACGGAACGAAUUCUCGAGACCAAAGUCGCCGGUCAAUUGGCAGCAGUAGUUUGCAAGAGCUUCACUCGCUUCAGAGGACGCAAUACUCUACGCGCGUUGGUGCCUGUGUUGGCGCAGACCAUUUUACCGCUGACCGAGGGAGACGACGUGCUGAAGGAGGAGAAUUUGGAUCAUCGGCUUCUGCACGCUAUGCUCAUAUUGUCCGCGAUCUGCGACACACCGGGCAGUAACUUGAUACCGCAUUUGGAUACGCUGCUCAAGAUUCUCGAUCGUGUUUUGCUGUUGAAAUCGACCGACGGGAAUAAACUAGCCUGUCGCUUGUUGAAAUCUGUUCUCUCAUCAUUGUCGCUCACCACUCCGUACCAGUACAAGUUCGACAACAAAGACAACAAUGAUCCUGACUAUCCUUACAUCAGAGACUGGGGUAAAAACGUGGAUAUCGAUAACUUGCGCAUCCAUUGGUACAUUCCUGGUGAAGAAGAGAUCGCUGCUAUACAACGAAUAUUCUCGAGAUAUUUAAUCGUCCAGAUUGAUAAGCUUAAAGGAUAUUGCGAAGAUUCGAACACGUUAACUAGGGAGGAGCUGUUUGCCAGUCUGAAUAUCGUAUGCAACAUUCUUAAAGGCUCGGAGCACGUUUUACCAACAUGGGAAGAAGAACCGCUCAAGUUAAUUGAUUCUUCCAUAAGAUAUAAUAUAUCUAUUAUGCCUCUAAAUGAAGUAAAGAAACACGCUACGAUGCCCGACGGUAGCAAUGUUAGAUAUUAUCUUGUUGGGAUUAUGAGCCAAGUUCAGCGGGCGAUGCUUGAGAACGCGGAGGACAAUACAAAGAGUUUCUUCGCAUUAAUACAGAUUUGGAACAGUCUGUUACUGGGAAAAACCCAACCGCGCGAAGUGUACGAAGCCCGACGCAAAAAUUUUCAAGUCGCCAAGAGAAUGUUUGAGGAUAAAUUGCUGAAAAACAAAGGCCGAGUGGGUCCGAUAAUAUUGGAGCGUUGUGAUACGCAAUACGUUCUUCGACAAGUACUGCAGUCGAACGUAUUAACGGAAACGCAUAAACGAAUAAUAUUGGAACUGUUCACAUUGGCUGUGAGCAGAUACGCGGACGUGCGUUCGAAAGCGCAAUCCGGCCUUUUCUCCGUCUUUAAGUUCUUUCCGUUUUCUCAUAAACUUAUAAUUCCCCAUGUUAUUGAUAUUUUGGCGAAAGACACCGAGAAACAUCACGAUGCAUAUAAGGGUGUCCUCUAUUUGUUGCUCGGAUCGGAAAGCUCCGUUAUUACGAAAGUAGAUUUGAAUAUACUGAGAUCAUUGUGGCCGGCCAUCGUGCUUUCCAAGCCAUCCGAGAAGCUGUCGGUGAUCCGUCUUAAGGAGGAGAUUGUACUUGCUGUAAACAAACACUUCUACACGAGUAUGAUCAAAUUUGAAAUGCCCGACAGCUGCUUGACAGCCGCACGCGCGUUGUGGAAACACUUUCCGCAACCGAGUUUGCCGCAACCCGAUGAAAAUGAGAUGCAGAAAGGUGUGCAGAACUUGAGGAAAAUGAACGAAUCUAAUCUGACGGCGUAUACCGGAUUGCAGGAUGAAUUGCUACGUUGUAUACUCGAGGAAUCACUGCACUGGCGACACAAACUAAUGGCGAUGGGCUUUAUACGAGAUUUAGUUCAUCCGGAUCAAGCCUACUCCGCGCAAGUAGUGCGUUACUUUCUGCAAACACUCAUACACGAUUCCUUGGAGGAAAGAAAGAUCGCUAUUAGGGUGGUGAUAUUUAUGUUGAAGCAACAGAAGCGAAAACAUCCGAAGGUAACAGUUGAUAUACGCAGCCUAUGCAAGCAGAGCAGCACUUCAAAUGAGGAGGAGCUAUCGCGAAAUGUUACACCGGGGCUAAGAACUGACAAUAGGUGGCUUCAAUACAAUUAUGAGACCCGUCCGUUGACCGCCGAACAAUGGGACGAGCCCAGAUACGCUCAUAAACCAUACGUAGGUUAUUACGCGUGGCCGAAAAUUUUGAAAGUACAUGCUCCUUCGUCUCAACAACUUUGCCUCGAUCCGGAAGCACGCGAGCUGACGGACUGCGAGAAGGAGGUCUAUCACUUUUUCGACAAUCCGCACAACAUCGACAAGCUUAUCAGUUAUUUCAGUCUGGAGGAAAAGAAGGGCAAGGACAAGUUUAACGCAAACAGAUGUUUCCUGUUCAAGAGACUGUUUCGCAAUCAUGGGAUCGUUCAUUUGAAACAUUUUCUGCCGCAUUUGCAGCGGCUAGUGAUGGACAAACACGAAAGCAGUCAACGAUGCGUUGCGGAGAUCAUGGCUGGAAUUAUCAAAGGCGCCAAGCACUGGCCGUUUCAAAUGACGUGCGACAUGUGGCAGGCGUUAUUGCCGAUCAUAAGAACUGCGAUCGUAAAUUUGACGGAGGAGACUGUCAUGGAUUGGGGAAUAUGCUUCGCAACGGCACAGCAAUGCAGAGAUCCAAAUCGGCAUCACUGGUUGCUAGAGUGUCUGAUGGAAGAGCCGCCUCUGAAGGAUUUGGAAUCUUCGUUCGUGGAAUGCGGUCGUCUGUAUGUGCUGCAAAGUGCUCUGAACCAACAAAGGUGGCGAGUGACUGAAUUGUUGCAGCGUUUGCUAGUGCGCUUGGAAGACCGAUUGUUAACCAAUCCGUUCCAGAACUUACGUGAACGCUUGGGAUCCAUGUUGGUUACUGUGUUUGAUCUAGAUCUCAAAUUUCCACACAAUUCCGACGCUUUAAUUCCGCGAAUGCAGACUUUGAUCGAUAAGAUUGUGCCAAGAUUGGAGCAACUUGUAGAAGAUGACAAUGUAGCAAAAAUGAAUAAUCUGAAUAAGGAAGAGAGUUUGUCGGAGAAAGUGGCUAAUGUUUCAUUUGACAGAUUGCCGGAAGUACCUAUGUCUGAAGCAGAAGAGCAGGAAGUGCCUAGAAGAUUGUUGAAAACUGUUUGCAAAUGGAUUAUAAGUAGUGCGUCUUGUUCGCAAUAUGCUGCAGUGUCAGAAUUUUAUCAGAUAUUCCCCAUCAUAUGUCAGUUACAGAAUACGGAAGGGGAUGAGGAGCUCAAUAAGAUGUGUUUACACACUCUGGCAGUACUCGCACAUGCAUUUACACUGCCGGAAGUUAUGUCGGUAGCAUUAGCCGCGAUCAAGACGAUGUCCGAACACUCGUCAUGGUCAGCAAGAUCUACUUGCUUGGAAUACCUUCAAGUAUUGGUUUUUCACAAUAUGGGUAUAAUUCUUAGUAACUUGUCGUGGAUCGAAUGUGUUAAAAGUAUCGUUCUGCGCUUGUUGGAGGACGACCGUUUAGAAGUUAGGGAAAAAGCUAGUCAAGUGCUCGGCGGAUUGUUACAUUGCACGUUUAUCGUCGACCAGGAGAAGCUGUUGGAGGAACUCAAGAGUAAAUCAAGGACACGAUUGCACAAAAGAGUUACUCCUACCGACGGGGACGCGUUGAGAAACGCCAACAUUGACGCGAUACGUAUGCGUCAUGCUGCCGUGCUCGGACUGUGUGCUUUUAUUCGUGCUCAUCCGUACGAUGUGCCCAAAUACGUGCCUCCAAUAUUUGAGCAUCUCUCUCUUCACAUGAACGAUCCACAACCCAUACCGAUGACAAUAAGGAAGACUCUGAGUGAUUUUAAACGAACGCAUUAUGAUGGUUGGAUAGAUCACAAGCAACACUUUACGGAGGAGCAAUUGGGUGUCUUACAAGAUUUAACGGUGCCGCCGACGCAUUAUGCUUGAUGAAGGAUUAAAUUUUACAGUAUCAUUCUUGCAAUAUUGCGCACCGUCGCGGAAAUGAUAACAUUAAUUAUAGCGAAAAUUGUGUCUGAACAGAAUGUAGUAUAUUGUAGUAUGCUUAUUAAAAUUUAAACGAAUAACAUUUAAAUCA